GCAACCUGCCCGCCCGUGAACCUUUCUGGCCACCCACCACCCGGGCAUCUUCCAGCCAUCGCCAUGAUGCCGGCCGGCACGCCCUGGUCUGAGGUCAUUUCCCGUUUGGUCCACUUUCACUUGUCCAAUUCUGUGUCGUUGACCAGCAUUCAGCUUCUCGACUUUAUUGCUUCUGUCGUGUGCUUCGUCAUCUCAUUUACGGGGCGGCGGGCAGAAGAAGGGGCCUAGUCUAGGGAAAAAAAAGAAAGGCGUCGACGGAUUCCCGAUAUCGAGUCCUCCGGUGCCAGCCCUGAUACUACCUUACCUACCUUACCCUACAUGUCUAUCUCUAUCCCGCGAUCUCCUAUUCUCGAGACACAACCUUCUCCUUCCUCCCCAGUCACUCACAUCAUUUGGCAUCAACUUGCCCCUUGCUAAGCUUCAUUUACUUGCUAUUUUUGCUUUGCUAUCAUUCUGACUUACACAUCGCUACAUAUUCUUGCUUCUUCUUGGUACCUAGUGCCUCGGCCUGUUGGACACUGCCUACCUACUAUCCAGCGAUACCGAGCUCUCCACCCAACCUUCUGCACAACAUCCUGCAUCCGCCCUUGCAUGAGUGCCGGUUCAGGUUGCGACUGCAUGAGUCCGCAUCGUCUGCCAUCCAAGGAACGCCAGGAACCUUCCCCGUUGACAAGCACGACCCUUGUCUUAAAAGACUUGUUCUCGACCAAUCCUUAUGCACUAGGCUUUCGUACCUAGUGUAGGUACUCGACAAACCAACUCCUCGAACGAGAACUUGCACUCCACCGAGCUCGGCCCAGCGAUACAUCAUCGUCAAGAUGGAGAACAACUCGCAACCCCCCAGCUCCCAGCCCAGACCUAGUGGUCUUCCUCGGCCGUCGAGACUCCCAGUUCCCGGCCAGUCCAGGCUACCCGUCCCACGAUCGACCUCGCUCCGGAAAUCGCCAUCCCAGGAAUCCCUGCCCGCGGACUCUGGCCCAGCUGGAACCUCGUUGCAAAGCCCGAGACUUCGAUCUACCACUUCCCGCGACCAAUUGACUUCGACCACCACGUCGAGGAGGCCCCAGUCCAUGCUCAUUGCGCCUUCGAAGGUUGUUUCGUCUGCCAACUGUGCCCGCGCUGCUUCACGCCAGGGACAAUCCCAAGUACCUGCGAGCACUACAAGGACAACAAAUCGACACAGCACCUAUAUUUCCCCCUCGUCGUCGAGAGCCUCCAUUGUGGCAUCUUCCGUUGCCACUUCUCGGACGAGCCAGAUAUCACAAACGCUAGCAUCCAGACGACAGUCCGCAUACCAGCCCUUCUCGGCGUCCACAGGCAGCCAUGCUUUGCACGAUACCGAGUCGAUAGUUUCUGAUGACAGCCCAACUUCUGCAGUCAGGUCAAACUCGACGUUGAUAGAGAGGACGAUCGAGACCUUGUCUCAGUUGCCCUCUUCGCCAUCAGUGAGGGGGAAAUCCGCUGCUUCUUUCUAUAGCGAUGGGAUACCCAAGGGAAGAACUUCGUCAAGACCAACGAGUAGGCUUUCUCGACCAGGAUCAAGUCAUCAAUCACAUGAGUCUCUCGGUGCUUCGUCCAACCAUGGGAGCAGGCCUGGCUCACGGCUGGAUAGUGAGGAUGAUGGCUCCAGCUUCCACGGAACGUAUGGUUCUUUGAGGCCACGACAGGGCAUCCAAUCAUUCAAUGCGCCAGCGGCGAGGAAAGCCAACCCACGGGCGUCUCGACUGUCUCUUUACGGGGAUCUACCGUCAUCUGUAACCGAUAAUCAAAGUCCCAGGACACCGAGCACUGAGAAGACGAAACCCACAGCACCGCGCCCCCUAGCCAAGCGAACAUCUGUCUAUGGCCUCUCAAAGAAGCCACCUGUGGCCACUCUGGAGAAGGGGGCACAGGCAGCGGCGCCUAGAAAAGUAUCUAUGGCGUCGCAAAGGUCGGCGGCGACAUCUGUUGAAGGAAGUGUGUCAGCAUCAUCUGGAAGCACAGCAACCUCUGCCGAUUCGAUCGCGUCCUCCCCAGCCCAAACCUACCGGAAAGCCUCAUCCACGUUGCGCGAACAGAUCGCAAAAGCGAAGGCUGCGGCCAAGAAAGCUGCAGUUCAGCCAAUAUCCGAGUCUGCCCCUGCCGUCGGACACAAGUCAUCUGGCUUCGGAUCUUUUGGCGACGAUUUGGGCUUUGCUUCGCAUCAUGAUCCUUUCAACCAGCACAAGAAUGACCAGUCACAGGCCAAGGUCCUACAGGCACGUUUUGCCACAGCAAGAACUAGCGGGCGCCUCAACAUUGCGGCGAUGGGUCUUAAAGAGAUCCCGAUUGAGGUUCUGGAGAUGUAUAAGCUUGAGGCUAUCGGCGCCACUGGCGGGGCUUGGGCCGAGUGUGUUGACCUGACCAGAUUCGUGGCUGCGGACAAUGAGCUUGAGAUAAUCAGCGAUACAAUUUUCCCCGAUGUUGAUCCACAGGAGAUGGUGGAUGAUGAUGAGGACAGCGAGGGCAACAUCUUUGCAGGACUCGAGACUUUGGAUCUCCACGGGAAUAUCCUGGUGACUCUUCCAAUGGGUUUGAGGCAACUUCGCCUGUUGACCUCCCUGAAUUUGUCCUCAAACAGGCUGGCAAAUAGCUGCUUGGAGGUGGUGUCGCAAAUCACCACCCUCAGAGAUCUGAAGCUUGGCGGUAACCUCCUCUAUGGUGAACUCGACCCUUGCUUUGCGAACUUGGAGAAUCUUGAGAUCUUGGACUUGCACGGCAACAACCUCUCUUCGCUCCCUUCCAACUUCGGCAACCUCUCCCGCCUUCGCGUUUUGAAUGUGAGCGAAAACGCCUUUGCGUCUUUGCCUUUUGCUACUUUGGCGAAAAUGCCCUUGACCGAGAUCAACGCGCGCAAGAACCAGAUCAGCGGUACACUGGUUGAUGAUUCGGUCGAUUCUCUUCCGUCUCUACAAAUCCUGGACGUUUCGUCGAACCAGCUCGUCCGUAUUUGCUCCCCGGCAAAGGCCAUCACUAUGCCUGCCCUGCUCCAGAUCUGCCUCUCCAUGAACCGCCUUCAGGAUCUGCCCGACAUUGGAAGCUGGGCCAAGCUGCAUACGAUUGCCGCCGAUGAGAACAAUAUCAACUCUGUUCCGGAAGGUUUUGCCAAACUCAAGCAUUUGAAGUCUGUCGAUUUCUCAAGUAACGACAUCCGUAUUAUUCCUAACGAGGUGGGACGGAUGGAGAACUUGAUGAUGCUGCGCCUCAGCGGUAACCCUCUGCGGGAGAAGAAGUUUAGCACAAUUACUACGGAGGAGAUGAAGGAUAUUCUAGCUCUUCGGCUCGAGCCACGUGAGGACACUUCUGCCUCCAAGGUGAAUUCUCUCCUCGAGGUGUCUUCUGUCUCCGAGGUGGAGGUUGUCAGCCUCAGUGACGCCGGCUUGAAAGGUCCUGGUGUGAAGGAGCUCACCAUUAAUACCACUGAGACUUUGCCCAAGACCAAGAAAGCUUCGGUUGGGAACAACGUGUCUAAGCCGAAAGAGGCUAUCGUUACGAAUACCGCCACGUUUGAACACGACCAGUUUAUUGAUGAAAACGACGAUAUUGACGACAGCCGAUCUGAUACGGACCAUUACGCGACACCCCCUACUUCCGCCCGGGCCUCUCCAACUCAUUCCCGCUCUCAAACGUUAACGGAGGAGGUCUGGCCCGUUAAGUCCGGUGGAGUUCUUGACCGUUCUGGCACACAAUCCUCUUCACUCCACCCCGUCAUCUCCUCUAGGGUUGCUGCCGAACACAAAGUUUACGAAAUCCAGCUUCACCACAACCUCUUUACCACGUUUCCCGAAUCGCUUUCUUUCUUCGCCGCAACUCUGACCCACUUGAACUUGUCACACAACGAACUCGUAGCUGAGAAAUACCUCGGAGGACUAAGCGGCAAUGAUCACCUCGAACUCCGCGCCCUCAGGGAACUGAACCUUAACCACAACCACAUCUCAAGCCUAGAGCCGUUGCUUGCUCACCUGCGUUCCCCAAACUUGCAAAAGUUAGAUGUCAGUUUCAACCGCAUCUCCGCUCUGCCCGCCGGCACCGCUCUUCGCGACACGUGUCCGAAUCUCGUCGUCCUUACCAUCUCCAACAAUCACUUGUCCGAGCUGGAUCCGGAAUCGAUCAAGGGUAUGCAUGUGGUGGACGCGGCCAAUAACGAUAUCGCACAUCUGAACCCUCGUAUCGGACUCCUGGGCGGAAGCGGUGGGUUGGAGAGGCUGGAUGUUAGUGGCAACAGGUUCCGCGUACCAAGGUGGAGCGUUUUGGAGCGCGGGACGGAAGCGACACUCAGGUGGUUGAGAGGAAGAGUUCCGGCCGCGGAGAAGGCGGCGUGGAGGGGGAAGGAGGGCGGUGAUGAGGAUUCUGAUUUGGAUUAAGUGGUGGGUACGCUCAUGGAUGGGGCAUGGAAAGAAGAGGAUUCCAUAUCUAAGAGGCAGUUGAGGGAUUGCGAAGACCAUAUGAUAUACGAUCAUGGUAUACACGGCAAGGGAAGGGAAAGGGCACCAUUAUUGUUGGAAUAUCAUUGUGUUAUUACUGUUACACUUGGUUGUGCAUGUAACACAUGUUAUGGAUUAUUGAAUGUUAUUGAUGGGAGGACGAGAAUAAUGGCUAGCCUGACGAGGCAUGUACAUAUCUAGUUUACCAGUUUUUAUAAUGGCUAUUGCUAAUUCAAAAUGCUCGCUUCUUAUGUUA